AUAAUUUUAAGUUUCAAUCCUUAUCUAACAAACUUCACUUAUAUGUGUGGUUGGUUUAUUUUCUUUGAAUUUUGAUGGAUAUGUUUCUUUCUUGUAUAAUUUCUUAUGUAACGUGUUCAAUCUUAUUGAGGGAAAAGCCAUCCUAAAACUAGUCACAAGUAGAGUUUGGAGGACUUUUCAGUUUUACUAAAACUCUUCAAUUUGUUUGUUUUAGAAUUUCAAAUGAAAAAUUACAAUUUCAAUUUCACUGAAUGAGUUGAACAAAUACAUAAUUAAUAUUCUGAAUGCAUUUCUAGAAGUGUGGAAAUGUAUUCAUCCAAUUUCCAUCUUUAUCCUUAGAAAUUUGAAUUGCAGUGUCAAAUUCAAAGACGGUUUAGGUGGUAUACUUAUCCUCCAUGUCAGGUUCACUGUAUUGAAGAGGAGUUUUAUUCAAGUAACUGACCCAUCAAGAUAUACACCAUGCUUGAACAAUAUUAUUCCACACUUAGGUUUAUAAUCGAACAGGUUGCUCAAUAAUUCUACCUGAACUAACCCAUGCCAGUUUUGAUGAUAUACUACUCAAUGGUUUUAACACUGGAUUGGCUGGUUAAACCAGAAUUUGAAGGUCAAACUAAUCUAUUUAUUUGAAGGUCAAACUAAUCUGGUCAAACUAAUUUGAAGGUCUAUUUAUUUAUAGUGUGUGCUUUAAGAGAACCUUACAAUAGUUUCUUGAUGAUUUUUUUCCAACCUGACGAGUUGCAACUUCCUACAAUGAUUUUGACAGAUUCAUGUGUUUAAGAGCCAAGAAAAAUGAAUAAUUUUAUUCCACAUCAUAUAUCUGGCAAUUUGUACCUAGGACAUGAUAAAAUUAAGAUACCAUGUUGAGUUGUUUUUUUGUACUAUUGUUUUUUCUUAGGUGAGAUAAGUUAUAAGAUACUAUAGAUUGUUAUGUUGUAUCCUCUUGAGUUCUUGUGUUAUAAUGAUUUCUCUAUAUCUCGAGUUCUCUACCUUGUGAAUUUUAUUUGUGAUACAGUUCUUUAUUGAUAAGUGUUAAAUUUAGUAUAUAUGUUAAAUUAAUUUUAAUAAGUUUUUUUUAGGAUCAUUAUGGAUAAGAGUUGGAUGUUUUUACCGAGACAAACUGAGGAGUAUAGAAAUGGUGUUCAAAGUUUCUUACACUUUGCAUUUUCUAAUGCAAAUAUAAAUGGAAUGAUUUUAUGUCCAUGUAUAUGGUGUAAGAUUGGCAUAUUUGUUUCAAGAGAGGUUGCCUUUGAUCAUUUGACGGUUGAUGGAUUUAUCAAAGGUUAUACUCAUUGGGUAGCUCAUGGAGAGAUAUCAUAUAAUACAUCUGCAAACUCUACUUCUGUUCCAUCUCAAAAUUAUGCAGAUGAUAUGCAAGGUUUAGUUUAUGAGGCAUUUAGGAUCUCAGACAAUGAUAAUAUAAUUAGCACAUCAGAAUUUGAAAAUGAUAACCAGAUUCCAACGGGAGAGGCUGAGAAAUUCUAUAAAUUAAUUGAUGAUUCACAAAAAGAAUUAUAUCCAGGAUGCAAGAAAUUCUCAAAACUUGCAUUCAUGAUUCGUUUGCUUCACUUAAAGUGUCUAGGAAAAAUUAAUAAUAAGAUUUUUGAUAUGCUUUUAGAUUUGUUGAGAGAAGCAUUUCCUAAUGCAAUGGAUGAUUUGCCUAAGUCAUACUAUGAAGCAGAGAAAUUGAUGAAGCAAAUAGGACUUGGUUAUGAAAAGAUUGAUGCUUGCCCUAAUGAUUGCACUUUGUACUGGAGGUCGGAUAAAGAAAGAAUUCAAUGUGAAACAUGUAGUGAGCCCAGAUGGGAAACAUCCGAAAAUGAUUCUAUUGGUGAAAAGAGAAAAUUUUCACGUAAGGUUUUAUGGUAUUUUCCAAUAAAGCCUAGAUUACAACGUUUGUUCAUGUCAUCCAAAACAGCAUCCCAUAUGAGAUGACAUUCUGAAUCUCGCACAAAGGAUGGUUACAUGCGACAUCCAGCUGACUCUCCAGCUUGGCAAACAUUUGAUCAUAAACACUCAAAAUUUGCAAAGGAUCCUAGGAACAUAAGGCUUGGUUUAGCAUCAGAUGGAUUUAAUCCAUUCAAAAAUAUGAGUGUGGCACAUAGUACAUGGCCGGUCAUUUUAAUGCCAUAUAAUCUUCCACCAUGGAUGUGUAUGAAGCAACCAUACUUUAUGUUGUCAUUAUUGAUACCUGGGCCAUUUGCUCCAGGAAACAACAUCGACGUCUACUUGCAACCUCUUAUUGCAGAUUUAAAGGAUUUGUGGGAGACAGGAGUGCAAACAUAUGAUGCAUCAACUAAACAAAAUUUUCAAUUGCAUGCCGCAUUACUAUGGACAAUAAGUGAUUUCCCUGGAUAUGCAACCUUAUCAGGAUGGAGCACUAAAGGACAGCUUGCAUGCCCAGUAUGUCAUAAAUUUACACAUUCACAAUGGUUAAAAAAUGGUGGAAAAUAUUGUUAUAUGGGUCAUCGUAAGUUUUUAAAUAGUGAUCACGUAUUUCGGAAAAAUGCUCAAUUGUUUGAUGGCACGGAAGAAUUUGGAAGACCACCACCCACACUUUCAGGAGACAUGGUGAUGGAUGAGUUGAAAAAUGUAAAAUUUACAUUUGGGAAAACAAUUAAUGACAAUUCAUCACUACCAUUUAAUUGGAAAAAAUUGAGUAUUUUUUUUAUUUACCGUAUUGGAAAGAUAAUGUGAUACAUCACAAUCUUGACCUUAUGCAUAUUGAAAAGAAUUUUGCAAAAAUAUUUGUGGGACAUUGCUGAAUAUGGAAGGAAAAACAAAAGAUAAUCUUAAAUCACGACUUGAUUUGUAAGAAAUGGGGAUAAGAACAGCACUUCAUCCUAUUGAGAAAGGACCAAAGAAAAUAUAUUUACCUCCAGCAUCUUUUUCAAUGGGGAAAAAAGAGAAGAGCAUGUUUUGCAAGGUUCUAAAGCAAAUAAAAGUUCCAGAUGGCUAUGCAUCUAACAUAUCACGAUGUGUUCAAAUGAAACCGCCAAAAUUAAUUGGUCUAAAAAGUCAUGAUAAUCAUAUUUUGAUGCAGCAAUUGUUGCCAGUAGCACUACAUAGAACCUUAUCUAAGUCAGUUCGAGUUCCGUUGAUUAGAUUAAGCAGAUAUUUUCGAGAGUUAUGUAGUAAAGUAAUCUCUCCUACGGAAAUGACUCGUCUGAGGAGAGAUAUUGCAGUGAUCCUUUGUGAGUUGGAAAAGAUUUUUCCUCCCUCAUUUUUUGACAUAAUGGUUCAUCUAACUAUUCAUUUGGCUACUGAAGUACAACUUGCUGGGCCAGUUCACUAUCGUUGGAUGUACCCAAUUGGAAGGUACCUAGGGACAUUGAAGUCCUAUGUUCGAAAUAGAAAUAGGCCAGAAGGAUCUAUUGCUGAGGGGUAUUUGGCUGAGGAAUGUUUGACAUUCUGCUCUUUAUAUUUAGCAGAUUAUGUAGAGACAAGAUUUAAUCAAUCAUCAAGAAAUGAUAAUGCAAAUAUUGACUCAACAUUUGCAUUAGAUGUGUUUAACAUAUCUGGCUAUGCACUCGGAAAGGCCAUCGCAACUAAGUUUGAUACUGAGAUAUUAAAGAAUGCACAUCAAUAUGUGUUAUUCAAUUGUCAUCGCUUACAAUCUUAUAUAGAUGAACAUCGUGGAAUUGUGCAACUUAGUCAUUCUCGUCUUCCACUACACCAAAUAGAACGUAUACAUAGUGAAACUUUUGCCUCAUGGUUUGCUAAUCAUAUUGAAGAUACAAAUCUUCCAGAAGAUGAUCCUGUUUCAAAUGAUUUGAGAUCACUUGCUAGAGGCCCAAAUGUCAUUGGGAUACAAUAUCAUAAAUUUGUUUCAAAUGGAUUUAGGUUUCAUACAAAAGAAGUGGAACGUAAGAGGAAAACGCAAAAUUGUGGUGUGACUGUUAGGGCAACUACUUCAAGUUAUUCAAGUAUAAAAGAUCACAAUCCAGUAUUAAGCGAACUUGAUUAUUAUGGAAUUUUGCAAAAUGUGAUUGAGUUGGAUUAUGGGGGAGGUCGAAAAGUUGCUUUAUUUGAAUGCGAGUGGGUCUCCAAAGGCAAACGGUUAAAAUUGGAUGAAGAUGGUUUUAUGUUGGCCAAUUUUAAAGAUGUUAGGCGUCAUAAUGAGCCUUAUAUUUUAGCAUCUCAGGCUAUGCAAGUAUUUUAUGUGGAAGAUCCAAAUGAUUGUGAUUGGCAUGUCAUUAUCACGACUGAUGCACGAGCAAAGUAUAAUAUGCAGCCUAUGACAGAUGUUGAUACAUAUCUUCAAAGUUAUAUUUGUAAUUCAGAAGAUUGCAAUGAACAUGAAGAAGUAGUCUGGGUUCGUGAUGAUAUUGCAGGAGUGGAAAUUGAUACUGAUUUAUGAAGAGAUUUUAUCUAGUCUAUGCAUAAUGUUUAAUCAAUUAUCAUUGUAAUAACAGUAGAAUAGAUUCUUACUAUGUAUGUUUGGAUAAUAUAUGGUGAUAUGUAUUUCCUUUUCAUUUUUAACUAUUGAUUUUUUUAUUAUUUAUAAUCUAUUACUAACUAUU